AUGGCAUCCGAACAACUCAAACAACUCAAAGACAUCUUCGCACGCUUCGACAUGGACCGAGACGGAAGCCUAACGCACCUCGAGCUCGCCGCUCUCCUCCGUUCCCUCGGAAUCAAACCCCGCGGCGAUCAGAUCUCUCUCCUCCUCAGCCAAAUCGACCGUAACGGCAACGGCUCCGUGGAGUUCGACGAGCUCGUCGUCGCGAUCAUGCCGGAUCUCAACGAGGAGGUGCUCAUCAACCAGGAGCAGCUCAUGGAGGUUUUCCGCUCGUUUGAUCGCGACGGUAACGGUCAGAUAACGGCCGCGGAGCUCGCUGGGUCGAUGGCUAAGAUGGGGCAGCCGUUGACUUACCGUGAGUUGACGGAGAUGAUGACGGAGGCUGACUCUAACGGUGACGGUGUGAUUAGUUUUAAUGAGUUUGCGCAUAUCAUGGCAAAGUCCGCCGCUGAUUUUCUUGGAUUAACCGCUGCUGCUUGA